AUGGAAGCAGCAGGAAGAGUAGUGGUUUUGGCUUUGACAUUGAUUUUUUUCAUCAACAGUGCAGCAUUGGCAGAUGACAAAUACUACACAAAGAGCAGACCAUAUGUUCACAAGAAGAAGCACAUCACUAAUCUCCACUUCUACUUCCAUGACACUCUUAGCGGCAAAAAUCCAAGCGCAAUCUUGGUUGCCAAAUCCAACGGCACCACCACCUCCCCCACCUCCCCAACCCCAUUUGGCACUGUUUUCGCCAUUGACGAUCCUCUCACCGUCAGCCCCAAUAAGUCCUCUGAAGUGAUUGGUAAUGUUCAAGGUCUCUAUGUAUCUUCUGGCCAAGAUGUGCUAACGCUAGUGGCUUACUUUGAUUUUGGUUUUACCAAAGGAGAGUUUAAUGGAAGCUCCAUUAGUGUGUUCUCAAGAAAUCCUGUAACGAACAAGGAACGCGAGCUCGCUGUGGUUGGAGGUAGAGGCAAGUUCAGGAUGGCUCGAGGGUUUGCUCUGCUUAAUACUUACUUUGUGGAUAUGAAGACUGGUGAUGCCAUUGUUGAGUAUAAUGUCACUGUUAUUCAUUAG